AUGAUCAUCGACAACUGUCCAGCUCAUCCUAACAUCAAAGAUCUACGGGCCAUCAAACUCAUCUUCCUUCCACCGAGCACAACCAGUAAGACCCCGCCAAUGGACCAAGGGGUGAUCCAGAGUUUGAAGGUCCACUACCGCAAACUUAUCAUCCUACGCCACGUCAAAGCCAUAGACCAUCAGCAGGAAGCUGCGAUCUCCGUUCUUGAGAGUAAGGGCAUUUACAUCGAUGACAACGACACUGAGUCCACUUAUGACUGUGAGCCUGUACCACCACCAACUACAGAUAUGGCUUCAAAUGCCUGCGGCAUCCUUCUUCGAUACCUGGAGACCCGUCCAAACAAAGCUGCCCAGAUCCACUCAAUACUGCGACUAUCAGAUGAAAUCAUCCUCGAGGAUCUUACCCACAGGACCAGAAACUUACAACAGUCAACGAUGGAGGAUUAUUUCCAGGACUUUGUUUCCGCGCGAGAUGGUAAUAAGUGA